ACCUUUGACCCGGAAGCAGAUGAUGUGUUUACAUCCAGGUCACGGAAUUGAGAGACUCCGACGCCUCGUUUGUCUUCGGCUCAGCCUCUGGGUGCCACAGCAGCAGUACAAGAAGAAGAAGAAGAAGAGAGUGUGUGAAAAUGUCCGACGAAGAGGACGCGGUUCCAGCCGUGAAGAAGAGUCGUGUUUUCUAUGGAAGCCUCGAGGAGAAAGAACGGGAACGUCUGAGCUCAGAGAUGGCAAGCAGCGCAAUGUCAGGAAGUGAUGCGGUGAAGGCGGGGAUAGAGGCGGGUAACAUCAACAUCUCCUCAGGAGAGACUCUGGAGAUGGAGGAGCGGGUCAGCGAGCGGCAGCAGGAAGCGCUCGCUGAGUUCGAGCGGCGGCGGCGAGCACGACAGAUCACCGUCUCCACCGAUGACGCAGAGGUGAAGGCCGGUCUCCGGGCGCUUGGAGAGCCAAUCACGUUGUUCGGAGAGGGACCAGCUGACCGCCGGGAGAGGCUGCGAAGUGUCUUGUCUGUGGUCGGUCCAGACGCUCUGAAGAAGUCCAGGAAAGAUGAAGAGAGAGCUAAGAGAUCACAGGACGAGUGCCAGCAGACGUGGUACCACGAGGGCUCCAUUUCCCUGCGGGACGCCCGGCUCUGGUUGGCCAAAUACUCUCUGCCACGGGCGAUGAGACGUCUGGAGGCUGCACGUGCUCAGAGGGAUGUUGCUGAGGCAACCAGGACGAUCCGGCAACAGGAGCUGCACAAGAGCCUGAGGAAUCUGAACAACUUCUGCAGUCAGAUCGGUGAUGAUCGACCAAUCAGUUUCUGCCACUUCAGCCCCGACUCCAAAAUGCUGGCCACUGCCUCCUGGAGUGGUCUGUGUAAGCUGUGGUCUGUCCCUGACUGUAACCUGAUCCGAACACUCAGAGGACACAACACCAACGUGGGUGCAGUUGUCUUCCGCCCACAGGCCGGAGUCUAUCUCGACCAAUCGGAUGUCAGCUUGGCAUCGUGUGCAGCUGAUGGGUCUGUGAAGCUGUGGAACCUAAAGAGCGACGAGCCAGUGGCGGACAUCGAGGGUCACAGUGAGCGAGUGUCUCGGGUGUCCUGGCAUCCAUCUGGAAGGUUCCUGGGAACAACCUGUUAUGACAACUCGUGGCGUCUGUGGGACCUGGAGGUUCAGGAGGAAAUCCUCCAUCAGGAAGGUCACAGCAAAGGAGUCCACGAUCUUCACUUCCACCCCGACGGGUCGCUGGCUGCUACUGGAGGGCUGGAUGCGUUCGGCAGGGUGUGGGACCUUCGGACUGGACGCUGUGUUGUUUUCCUGGAGGGACACCUGAAGGAGAUCUACAGUCUGCACUUCUCCCCCAACGGGUAUCACCUGGCGACAGGAAGUGGUGAUAACACCUGUAAGGUUUGGGAGCUGAGAAACAGGAAGUGUCUGUACACAGUGCCGGCCCACCAGAACCUGCUCUCUGCUGUCCGGUUCCAACCUACAGACGGUCACUUCCUGUUGACUGGAGCGUACGACAACACGGCGAAGGUCUGGAGUCACCCUGGCUGGACGCCGCUGAAAACGCUUGCUGGACAUGAGGGGAAGGUGAUGGGUGUAGACGUGUCACCUGACGGGAAACUGAUCGCAACCAGCUCCUAUGACCGAACCUUCAAACUCUGGCUGUCUGAGUGAUGUCAUCAGUGAUGUCAUGAUGAUGUCACAGCAUCAGCCAAAAAUUAGACAAUUUUUUUUCCCGGAUAA